CACCGCCGAGAGCGCGAGACGCGUGCGGACUCGAGGAUGCGGACUCGGCACUGAAGCUCGCGCGUGCGCGCGCGCGUCAAAUCCGCUCCACCUCCCUGCGAAUCAUUCCCUGGCCCCCAGCAUCAAGCGGCAGCGGCAGCAGCGGCAGCGGUGGUCCAUCGACAUCACCCGCAGUGAACGGGGACAGUGGUGCGGGUCGGUGGGACCACCCGGCGAGACCGACUCCGGAGUGCCGCGACCGCGCCUUUGUUGUUGUUGUUAUUGCCGUCGCGUGAAGAAAAGGAGCAGCGGUGACAGCGAGCGAGCGAGAGAAGGAGAGAGAGACGGGAGAGAGAGAGAAGGAGCGAGCGAACGAGAGAGAGAGAGACGACAGCGGAGGAGGAGAAGGAGGAGAGGGACUCUUCCCCUUGCCGCCCGCGAGCACUCGAGCCUCCGUGUCUGCAACACCAGCCGACGGGGCCAUGUUGCCAUGGCGACGCCGCACGUUGCUGGCGGGGGCGGCCCUCCUCGCGACCCUCUGGGUGACGUCAGACUCCAUCGACAUCCCCAUAGACCCCACACUUCUGGAGAAUGUGGAGCAACCGCCUGCGAUCACGAAGCAGUCCCCCACUGACCACUACGUCGACCCGUUAGAGGACAUUUUAGUGAAAUGUGAGGCCAAAGGGACCCCUGCCCCGAGUUAUCGUUGGACGAAGAAUGACAAGUCGUUCGACCCGAGAGCCGAGGUGGGCGUGGUGACGGCCGCGGGCUCGGGCUCGUUCACCUUCGUCAAGAACAGCACCGGCCACGCCAAGCGGCACGAGGGCGACUACCAGUGCCUGGUCUCCAACAAGCUGGGCACCGCUGUCUCCGACAAAAUCAAACUGCGCAUCGCAAGUACCCCCAAGUGGCCCAAGGAAGUGCUGGAUCCCAUGGAGGUGGACGAGGGCAACUCGGUGGUUCUGCCCUGCAAGCCUCCCCAGGGCGUUCCUCCCCCCAAAAUCUUGUGGAUGACGAGCACGCUGGACCACAUUGGGCAGGACAAGCGAGUGUCGCAGGGCCUCAGCGGCGACCUUUACUUCUCCAACGUCAAGCCGGUGGACAGCCGAGACGACUACAUCUGCUACGCGCAGUUUGUGGCCUCCCGUACCAUCAUCUCGAAGGAGCCCAUCAAGCUGAAAGUCCGCUCACCUAUUUCAUUUGUUGCAGUGGAAACACUUGAUGACGCACAGUCAUCGAGUGUGAACGAAACCCAAUUAGCUGUUGCCGGGGGUCUCCGGAACCGCCUGCCGAGCCUGCUCACGCCCCAUGGCAAAACCACAAGGAUGCACAGCCUGAAAGGAAGUACGCUCGUGAUGGAGUGCAUCGCCGAGGGCCUGCCGACGCCGGACGUGCGCUGGGAGAGGGUGAGCGGUCACAUGCCUCGUGGCCGCUUCUCGACGGGAAACCACAACAAGACGCUGCGCCUCCACCCGGUGGAGGUGGAAGACAGCGGGCAGUACAAGUGCAUCGCCAGCAACAACAUGGGCUCAGCGCACCACUCCUUCGUCGUCACAGUGGACGCGGCCCCAUACUGGACGGCCAGGCCGGAGGACCGCAUCGUGGCGCCGGGCGAUGACGCGGUGCUGCACUGCGUCGCCGGCGGAAAGCCUCCGCCGGAAACACACUGGCUCCUCAACGGCAAACCCCUGAACGAGGCACCGGCCGAGCCGCACCGCACCGUGAAGGGCGACCGCAUCGUGCUCAAGAAGCUCGUCAUCGGACAGAGCGCCGUCUACCAGUGCGUCGCCUCCAACGUCUUCGGCACCAUCAUUGCCAACGCGCUCGUCAGCGUGCUGGCUGUGCCUCCCAAGUUUAUUACGAAGGACAAGGAGGAGUACGUUGUCGUAGAGAAACAGCCUGUGCUUCUCGAUUGCAAAGUCUUCGGUUCUCCAAAACCCGCCAUCCGAUGGUCCAAAGAUGGUCAGGUUAACACCCUGCAGGACAAGAAAUUCAAGGAGUUUGAGAACGGCUCCCUGUACAUACAUGAGGCGAAGAAGGCAGACCAGGGCCUCUACAUGUGCGAGGCCACCAACGACCUGGAUACCGGCACCAUCAACGCGAAACUCCGAGUCAGAGAGGCCACCCACAUCGAGCCGUUUGAGCGGCUUCGCGUGCGGAAGGACGGCACGGUGGAGCUCGAGUGCCGGGUGACGCACGACCCAGACCUGGAGCUCAACAUCUACUGGGAGAAGGACGGCAUGGAGCUCAGCGGCACCAACUGGUUCAUGACGGACAAGAACACGCUGACGAUCAACAAUGUCAGCGAGGUGGACCAGGGCAUCUACAUUUGCGUUGCCCACACGUUCCUGGACCUCGCGCGGGCAGAGGCCGAGCUCACCGUCAUCGACAAGCCAGACCCCCCAUACAACCUGAAGCUCUCCCACCAUGAGGAGAGGGGCAUCCGAUUGAGCUGGACUCCAGGGAACCACUAUAACAGCCCCAUUUCAGAGUAUGUCGUGGAGUACGAGGAGGACCGCUACAAACCGGGUGACUGGCAGCACCUGGCGAAUAUCAAGGGCUCCGACACCUCCGCGGAGCUCAUGCUGCGCCCCUACGUCAACUACCAGUUCCAAGUGAUCGCCUACAACGAGGUGGGGCCCAGCAGGGCCAGCCUCUCGUCCCAGCGCUACUCCACGCCGCCGGCCGUGCCUGACAUAGCACCCGUCGGAGUAACGGGGGAAGGAUCUGAACCGGACAACAUGGUCAUUGCUUGGGAGCCUCUCAAGCACCUGGAUCGGAAUGGGCCCAACCUGCGCUACAAGGUGAACUGGCGCCGCAAGGGCACGGGCGAGCCGUGGGAGGAGGCGAUACUCGGCGCCGACGCGUCGCGACUGCUCGUGAACGACACGGCGACGUUCGUGCCGUACGAAGUGAAGGUGCAGGCCAUCAACGACCUCGGGGAAGGACCCGAGCCGAUGGCCAUCGUCGGCCACUCCGGAGAGGAUUUUCCGAAGAGUGCCCCAAAGAAUGUGAAGUUUGUGGUGGUGAACAGCACUGUCCUGAAGCUCACUUGGGACCCCAUCCCUGUCCAUGAUGUGCGAGGCCACCUCAAGGGCUACAAGGUUUUCUACCGCAAGCUGAGGGGGCUGCAGGAGAGGAGGCGGCGCCACGUGGAGUGGAGGGUGCUCGUGUUCCCGGGCGACCGGAGCCACGCGGUGGUGCCGGGGCUCGAGCCCUUCAGCCUCUACGAGCUGGAGGUGAAGGCCUUCAACGGCAAGGGGGAUGGCCCCGCCAGCCACGCGCUGCGCGUCGAGAUGCCCGAAGGAGUGCCGGGCCAGGUGACAAACCUAAGAGUUCCAGAAAAGGACUUUGAUUCCAUAACGCUGACAUGGGACCCUCCGGCACAUCCUAAUGGAAUCCUGACAGGAUACACCGUCCAAUAUCAGAACAUCAACAACACGCAGAACCUCGGCACCUUACACAGGGUAGAGCUUUUUGCCAACGUCUCCGAGCUGCGGGUGGAAUACCUCGACUCCUACACCAAGUACAAGUUCUACAUCGCUGCCUUCACCAGCGUCGGCACCGGGAAAAUACUCACCGAGGAGGCUGUGACCAUUCUGGAAAUCCCCCCAGCCGCGCCGGUACUGCUGAGUAUGAACACGACACGCGGUGACACAUACGCAAACAUCUCGUGGGUGCCAGGAGUGGGGCAGUCCGCAUCGGAAUACCUCAUCCAGUUCCGAGACAAACAUGGCCCUGGCGGGUGGCGCAACCACUCGGUCGUGAGUUCGUCCAGGAAUCACCUGCUGCUGGACGGGCUGUCCCCGGGCAGCCAGUACCAGAUCCGCGUGGUGGCCUUCAAUGAGCACGGGCACACCAUCAGCUCCGAGGACGUCAUUGAGACCACCGGCAGAGGAUACCGGCGAGGGCCUCUCGAUGUGGCCACGCAGGCCUGGUUCAUUGCACUCAUGUGUGCCGUCGUCCUGCUCAUCAUGAUCCUCCUGAUCAUCUGCUUUAUCAAGAGGAACAAGGGUGGAAAGUACUCCGUGAAAGAUAAGGAGGAUGCCCGGGUUGAUCCCGAAGCUAAACCAAUUAAGGAGGAGACGUUUGGUGAAUACAGAACACUGGAAAGCGACAACGACGAGAAGCCGCUGGCGGGCAGCCAGCCGUCGCUGGACGGGGAGGUGAAGCGUGGCGAGAGCGAGGACAGCCUGGCGGAGUACGGGGAGGGCGUCGAGGGCCAGUUCAACGAGGACGGCUCCUUCAUCGGCCAGUACGGGGGCAGCAAGGAGAAGGUGACCGGAUCCGAGGCCACGUCUCCCGUGACGGACGGCACCACGGUCGCUUAAGGAGCCGCUCGCAAUCGAUCGGCAACGCAACGGGGCAGGAGGGGGUGGGGGUAAGGGACGAGGGGAUCACGGGAGGGGGGGGGGGGGGGGGAGGGAGAGGAGGGGGGCACUGGCUGGGCAGGAGACUAAUUAAAAUUUAAUAAAAUUGGAUAGACGAGUAGUAGCUAAUUCCUCCAACGCGAGGAAUAUUUGCUGCGCGUGCGAGUGCGCGCGCUGAUCGCGGGGAGUGAUAUUUUCUUUUCUCAAUGGGUGUCGCUUGAGGUCAGUUCAUCCGGUAUUCAGAGGACGUCCUCUUCUCCACAGCCACGACAUCUUACACCCUCUGCUGACACGGCAUCCAUCAAAUGCAAGAGCUUCUCGUUUUGGGCGUUUUACACAUUUGAAUAUCAGACGGUCUUAGGCCUGGGGCAUAGAGCUUCAGUUGUUUUUCAUAGCAUCCCUCCUUGAGCACUACAGGAAUUUAAAAUACAUUUUUAUCAUUUAACGUCCGUGUAUGAUGAAUGGGAACAUUUGUUCCCAUUUUAAUACUUAAUAUUAUUAAAUAUCUUCCCCCCACCCUCCCCUGCUUUCUCGAAACCGUGUUUCCAUUAUAGCUGAAGAAAGAAAAAUGUUUUACAUUAAAGGCCUCUUUCGAUUGGCUCUGCGGCUAUCGUUCUGACAAAGGUGAAGCUUCACUUGAGUGCAUCGGCUGCUAGAGCAGGGGGAGGGAAGCGAUGGUGACCUUUGCCAUGCUGCCAAAAGGCACAUCGCUACAUAUUUUAUACCACGCCGAGUCUGUUAUUCACCGUAAUGGGCCACACCUCCCCAGUAUAUCAUCGUCAAUUUGAGAGGUGAGAACGGCAAACCGUGGAGCCUGCUUGUGGUAGUAACAACCCGUUAUUGUACUCGGCCACAAUCACAAUUUGCGUUUUUUAAGUUUGAUUCAAGACUAAUUAGUUUUGUUUUAUCUCGUGUUUACCAUUUACUUGGUAGUGUUUUUCAUUUUUGUUCUUUCGUUUGUACAGAUUUGUUCGCCCCAUUAACCGAAAUGUGCGUGCGUAAAUGGGAACUUCCCUUGCACACGAUUCAACGGUGCCAUGAGCAUAACAAUCGAUUUUAAUUGACGAAUCCGUGCAUUGUUACAGACAUAACGAUUAUCACACAAUGAUCAGCUACGUGCGCAUGUUACUUUCUUCAUCCAUGGUAAUUUACAUAUCUUUCCGGUUAAUUUUUUCACCAACUAAUUGAAGGAAAUAUUUAAGAAAUGUUUGCACCGUGCCAAAAACAUUUCCCCCACAUUUCAGGCUGUGAGUUAACCGGAGCUGAUUUGGCUGACAGAUAAUGGUUUAUCGUCAAAUUAAAGAUCAUGGUUUCUCAUAAAAUAGAAUGCCGAAGCACCCACUGUGUUUGUCCGGUGCCUGUACCGGUUACCUCCACACAGUGGUGAAGCUGUCAGUACCACAGUGAAUAAAGCAUGAGCCUUUAGGAUCGUGACCCAUGGUGCUCAGUUGUUGUUGGCAGGGGCAAACACACCAGGUCAUGAUGCACUAGGGCCAAGGCUUAAUCUCGCGUGGAAUAUUUUUUCAGGGUACUCCCCAAUGCCUUAGAUCCUGCCCCCCUCCCCUCCUACCCACACUGUCAAGAGUGUGGGUAGGAGGUGGGGGGGGGCAGAAGGAGGGGGCGGAAAUCUUUUCUGGAUCUCAGCCUCAGGCCCCGGACAUCUACGGCUGAUACUAAUCCCUGACCAGAGCAAUCUCAAUUCAGUCAUCUCCGGCAAUCAUCCUGGUUUUCUUUUGCGGUAAAAUGUUGUAGAAAUCUGAAUUUCCGCUGUCUGCCUAGUCGGUGACUGCGAAGCCAGCUACCAAUCAGAUCACAGACAUACGUCAUGUGACUACCAAUUAUUGUUAAUUUAAUACAAUUUUCAGUAAUGUUUUUUUCAUGGCCAGAUAGACUUCACCCUGUGCCACUGCCAUAUCAAGAUGCCAUAGUUGGCCAUGAUGAAUACGUAACAAAUUAAAAUUGCCUGUGACGAUUGCCCAAUGUCCCGAACAAAUCAUGGCCUUUAUCAAUGUGUCAGUGAUCAAAGGCUUGGACCAAAUGCCACCAAGUAUGGGACAGGGCUGUUUUCUGUAAAAGCAAAGACAGCUUAUCUGAUAUGAAUAUUCUAUACACCAGCUUCGUUUGUUACAAAACAUUCCACACAAUAGCUGUCUGGUUUGUGGCCACAGCAAUGAAUAUGCUGUCAUCUGACAGUAUGUUUGCUUGUACAGGUAUAUGUACAAAUACUGUAGACGUCUUUGCUGACUUUGCAGUUCCAUUUUACUGUUGCGCAUUGACCAAAAACAACAGCGUUUUUAAAACGGUAGUAACUGACGUACUUUUUAAUUGAUGUCCUUUUUAACAAUGAUGUUGGAUUGACCAAGGUGAAUGAAGAUUUCACACAUUCUAAUAAUUGCAUUCUCAUAAUAAUAGCUUCAAUAAUUCUGAAUAAAAGUUCAUAUUUCCAUAAUUAAAUUCCAACGUGUUUUAACACCCUUGCAAUUUCUGUUUUGGGAAAGAUUAAUAUAUUAGUGCCAGCGUGAAAAACAUGUUUUGGAUUUUGCCCUCUUUGAUAUACUUCAGAAAAAGCUUGGUUCAAAAAAUCACGUGAAGUAAAUUGGUACUUUCGGUAAGGUCACGUAGAAGGGAAAUAAUAAAAGAAUCAAAAUAAAACAAUAAAAUUAUCACGACGUUAAACAUUGCUGAAAAUAAUUGCCACAUUUUGUAACAUUUCUGCAGCAACUGUAAAAAAACGAAAGCGGCACCAUUUGUCAACUUUAUAAUUGUUGAAAUCUACUUCGUAAAAAACUACUCGGUUUUUUUUAUGGGAGAUGCACAUUUACUGGCUAAAUCUAUCUUUAAUAUACAAAGUAAUUUCCCAUAACUGCAGAAUUUAAACGACUUACAUUGCUACCCAACCUCACGUGCAUGAGAGCAACGCGCUUCAGAAGCCAAAAAAAAAAUAAUGAGUCAUGCGAAAUAUUGUCCGUUUAAUUUUUGCGUCACAGUGCCACCCUCUGAAUUGCUAACAGCUGAGGUAAAACAAACUUUCUACAGGUUAAAUAUGUAAAGAGGUGUUUUUUUUUUUCCUUCCAUAAAAGAUUAAUAUUUGGCCAAUUAUGAGGUAGCUGAUCGGGGAAUGGUGGUCGUGCUGCUCGGAGUGAAGCCCCAAUUACACGGAGUUGCCGCCGGCCCGCCGCCCAUAUUCUGAAGCUGUAUUCCAUCGGCAACCCCAAACGUUGCUCGAUAGCGGUGAUGAAUUUGCGCUUGGCAUUUUUCCAGAUCGUGCUAUUUGCUCUUUUCACGCUUGCGGCGCGAUUAUUUUCUGCUUGCGGUAAAAUCUUGCGGUUGACGUUUUUGUUGUGCUUUGUUUUUUCUGGGUCUCAUUUCCCAAAAAAAGUAGAAAUGCUUCCUGUGUGACUGCAAACAAAGCACAAAGGGGAUGUGAAAAGGACCAUGCGUUCCGUUUGUCUUGUACUCACUCGGUAGCAUUUUGAUAUUUUUCAAGUUUCAUUGUAACAUAGCUUGAUUGCUGCCCGCGAAUACACGUGUGUACUAUAUGCCCGUGUUGAGGGUUGAGUCACGGAAAUUGUUUGUAUAAUGAUCUGUAUCAAAAGCAUGCAAGUUUCUUGCGUACGCAGGUAUGAAGCCAGUAGUGCCGCGAGAGGCAGGGAUCACCACUGCAUUCACGUGCAGCUUACAUUGACAAGGACGUGUGUGCACUCUCUUGGCUAAAUGAAUACAUACACAGAUAGCUAUUGGUUAAGCCAGACCUGAGUUGGGCAACUCUAAAAAUGCCUUGGUAAAGGUGCAGCACUGUAAUGACUUGCUUGUGCCACUACAGCUGGCGGCAGGGCCUCCGCCUACUCUUCUACACUGGUCAUAUACCUUGGCAGAACAAUUCUAUGCAGUUGAUUUGUCCAAGAAAUUCCAAAUUGUGACACAAAUAAACUGCAUACAAUGAUUGUAGUAUCAACAUUUGGUUAAAUUAUGAUGUCUGGUUGAGCAUACAUUGGAAGUCUAUUUGUGUAUAUACUAAAUUUAUGUAUGGACCUAGCUGGCCAUAUCAUGUUCCAGUUAUAUAUUUCUGGAGAUGUGUAUACAUGGCCCAUAUU